AUUAUAGCUCACUUUUUAUCAUCAGUGCUGCUCAAAUCGUUUAUUUCAAACGCUCAAAGUUGAGGAUUUAGUGAAUUUACAUUGACCUUCCCAAACAAAAUGGCUGAUCAUUUUGAAAAGGUUUGGGAGAGACAACAACGUCUUCUCCGUCAUAAUGAGACAAGGGGAAGCAAGUUUCCACCCUUUUCAAUUGAGCCAGUUGCUCACGAAAGACAGAGAUUGGCAGGAAAAGGCAUGACGGCUGAAACUCGAGCCCUGAGAAAGCAAUGGGUCCAGGAUCAGAUUCUCUCCCCAAAUGAACCCAGAGUUGUACCAGAAUUGGAUGCUAGGAACCCCAUCAGACGGGCUGGUAGUGCACCAUGGAACUUUAUAUUUAAAUUAGCCCAACCUUUUAUGAGUGACAAAGCAGCCAUGUAUAGUAGGUUCUAUGUGCCAAAGGCUGUCAGUAUCGUAGCUGUCCUAUGGUUUGGUGCUUACUGGCUAAAAUACAACCAAAAUGAUUGGACAAAAGGAUAUGGAUGGCAUUCAUAUACAUCUAAGCCAACAGUUUUUUCCGGGUGAGGCAUCAUGGCCAAAAGGUCCACAAGCAAAAGAUGACGACUUUUUCGAUAAAGGAUUCAAAUCUAGAGACACACAUAAAGAUUUAACCUCUGCUUCUCCUCUCAAUAGAACACAAUAAGAAAAUGUUUAUUAGGUAAUUUAUACGAACUGGACAGUGUCAACUCAAGGCCUUUUGGAUUGUUUCUAUUAUAAAGUUGAGUGGGGAAAUCGUAAAGUAGCGAUUGUACAGCAUUCAUGUAUAGUAGACUUGUGACAAUAAGCGAUCUUGUUUUAUUGUGCUUAUAAUUAAAAGACUCUAGAUGUAAUUGCUUAACUAUAUUGCAUUUAGUGUAUUUGCCAAAUGGAUGAAUUACAAGCCUUUUAAGAUGACAAUAAAUUGUUAAACCCAUAUAUUCAAUUUUAACUAUUUUAUGUGUUUUCCC